AAACAAUUCUGUCUCGAUAAAGUUAUAUUUUUUGGCCUUGGGUAUAUUAGUGAAUAGUGUUGUGUGUGAGUCAUAAGGGAGUGAGCGUGAGUUAGGUUAGGAGUGGUGGCUGUGGAAAACUAGUUUUACUGUAGUGCUUUUUGGACGAUGUAGCGCUGAUUACAUACGGAUUAUUACGGUUAUAAUCGGAUUCAGCAACGAACAAGAUGGUUAUAAAACUAACGGGAAACGGUUUGGGGGAGAGGCAGCACGACUUUAACGUCAAAGUCAGCGAAGCCGCUUCAAAUGGUGUAAGUUUCGAUGACAUCAAAGGCGAGACGGACAUAGACAAACUGUUCAAAAUAGAACUGGCAUCGAAAUACAGGAAAAUAGGAUACAUUAUAGAAGUCCUGAAGUCAGGCGACAGUUUACAUAUUUCAAGAGCCCUGAAAUGCAUAUGGAUGUAUGAUGACGAAUUCUCCGAUACCAUAAGUGUAGAUAAUCUUCGUAACAAUGUUAUACCAUUGAUGUCCUUCAGAAUGAAAAGGAAGCUCCUACUUGCUAUAUCAAUGCAUGUUCAGAAUGAAUAUAGAGCCGCUGAAUUUUAUAAAUACUGUCGAUCCGAAAGGUUAGACAAUAUCGCUGUAAAAUUCCUUACUUCCACAAAUGAUAACUUCAAAUUAGAAGUCAUAAAAGACAAUUCUAAUUGUGGACUAGUCACAUCAAUACAAGGCUUAAGGCGAAAGAAUUUGAUUGGACACUCGUUCGUACUAGCUAAAGCUUUUAUAGAACUAUUCUAUGAAAAUAAUAGGCUCCCUGUUCUUCGGGAUCUGAGCUACUUAUUUGCAGAUUCUAGCGAAGAUUAUUUAGACCUACUGGAACAAACAGUUAAGGAUGCAAGCUAUGGUCAACUAGGUGCACGUAUUUCUAAACAGAUAAUGAAAAAACAUAGGAAAAGAGUUCUCAAACUUCCGUUGCUAUAUGUGCGAAUACUGAACCCAAGUGUGUUGGUUGCUAACAGCAACCCGGAUGAUGCAAAAACUUACUUAAAAGCUUUAAUACCAGAAAAAGUGGAUUCCUUUUGGUACGAGAACUACUAUAGCACAUACAAACAUAUUAUUAAUAUAUUAAAGGAUGAUAAGUUUGCAUUUAUAAAACAAAUCUUUACCACGUCAUACCCAGGUAAACAAUUUGAAAUGACUUUGGAAUUUUAUAACCAAGAGUGUUAUCAUUUAAUGACAGAUGAAGAAAAAGAAAAAUGGGCUCUUAAACAGAUUGCAAGCGGUAAUGAGAUUCUCGGCAAUGACAAUGAAUACAUUUGGUAUAAGUUCGUCAGCUUUGAUAAGGCUUUUAGUAACAUAAAAAAUUAUGUCAAUAGGACCACAGAUCAAACGCGCAGAGCAAUGAUUAUCAACGUUCUAAUUGAGUCUGCAAAAAUCCAUCUUGCGAAUCCAACGAUUUGGAAUCGUUGCGUAGAAAAAAUGUUAAAGUAUUAUUAUGAAAGACACAACAAUGAAGCAAAAUACAUUAAAGAGAAUUUCUUAGAUAAGUUGUUUCAAGAAUUUGAUGUUUACCAAUUUGAUAAUGAUUGCUGGAACGCUUUAAACAAAAUAUUUCACAGCAUAGAUGUUUACGAUAAAGUUCAACAAUUUAAUGGUAGAAGCGAAUUUAAAAUUAUUGCUUUAGUUUAUUGUAUAAUAAACAAGUUAGACGUAGACGAAGCUUUAAUUAAAGAGGUUAAGACUAAUGUAUAUUUUUAUAGAUUAAAUACAAACACAAAAAAGUUGACGAAAGACCAACGGGCUAUGGUAUACGAUUUCCUCUUCGAUAUUUACGUGAGCGAAAUAGAGAAAUACAGAAAAGUUCCGUAUAAUGAUGAUAUACAGCACGAACUGCGAAGAUUUAUCCACUUCACUUUAGACCUUUUAUACUAUAACGAAAAGACUAAAGAAGACAUCCCAGAUGUUGUAACUACGUUUUUAAAUUUAGACUCGUCUGAAUUUAAAUACCAUAAACUUUUUUAUAAUGGCGAAGACUCGAAGCCCCGCAACUUAAAACGUGAUUUGAAAAAAGAUGCGAAACUCCUAGUAGAAAACCUGCCAAUGAUAAAAACACACAUUGGUGGCGCUUACUACAACUUGAGCCAGCUCCAAACACUUCUGAAAACAUAUUAUCCUGGUGAUAUCGCAAAGGACUUCCUCGAUUUUUACGAUGAUUUAUUGAAAGAUAAAGAGUUGUUCUACAAAAACGCUAGAGCUGCUACGCAUGGCAUCUUCCAACUCGCCGAUGAGAAAUUUAAAACGGAUUUUAUGAACAAAUAUGCUCCUGAAGAGGCAAAAAUAGAUCACGUAACCGCUGACAAAAACAUGCUACUGAUUCAACAGGCCAUAUGCGCCCAUGCGUGCUACUCGCGGCCACCGGUUGCUCUUGAAGUCAUGCUCAAAUAUAUCAAAGGCGACUAUGUGCGGUUUUGUUUGCCUACGUUUCAAUCAUACUUGGCAAACCUGCCAUUACCUCAGUGCAUAGAAUUUGUUCGAGCACUAUUAGAUACACCAGUAUCCAUUCAAAAACAUGGCAUUCGUCUCGCGUUUGAAUGUUUCAGUAUCGAAAAUCUUAACACACUGGUUUUAGAUGUUUGGAAGGAAACGAAAAAUAUUUCCCUAAGAUUGAUAAUUUACAAGGCCCUUUAUAUAAAGAUUAUAAAAGAACUUAGUAAUGAUUCGCAAGAUAAGCUAUUUGAUACGUUAAAAAGUAUUACAUGGACUGUAAAUGAGAACGAUGACAAAGAGUUGUUUGAACUUUUUGUGGAUGAUGAAUUUCCCAGUCGCUUACUAUCUGAAUUUACGCGAAUUGUUUGGAAAGUAGUUAGCCAAUUACCUGUAAAACAACUGAACCUUUCACAUAUGAAUAGCGUAUUGCAUUAUAUAACGGAUAAUUUUAGUUUAAUAAACCAAGAGAUCAUCGCAGAAAUUGUUGACGAAUUUAUAGCAUCUUUAUUUACAGAACAUGGUCCAAAAAACACAAGUCAUUCAGAAAUAGAAGAAAUAAUCGGAGCUAAAUGGAACCUUACUGUCAAAUAUAUUAUACAUUCUGAAAACGAAACUGAUCUGGACAAAAAAAUUAAAUUAACACAAAAUUUAAUAAAACGAUGUCUUACGGAACCUAAAUAUGCCUUAAAAGAAAGCUGUUUAAGUUUCGUAAACAAUCUUGAAGAAUCGGGUUACUAUGUGGAUAUAAAGAAUUUCGGUAAUAUUGAUAUUGUUUUGAGGUCUGUGAAAAAACAACUUGAAGAAACAUUAUCAUUCGAAGAGAAUUACGAUAAUGUUUGGGAACUUGAACUUGGGUUUGCGACUAGAAGAGCAAUAGUCGGAGCAAACUGGGAUGAAAGCGGUGACACUCAAAUACAAAUGAGACAUAACGCUUUAAAUUUUGCUAAGGAAUUAGAAAAUGUAAUUAAAUCUUACAUCGAAAAAGGAAUGUAUUUCGCUUCCAUAUUGACAGAUCUAACUUCAAUGAUAAUUAACAAAAUACACAAGUUGAUAUACAAAUUUGAUAUUUACAGUCAUAGAGAUGCGUUUAUGAUUUUGAUAUGUUUAGGAUUAAUGGAGUUUGAUAAACCAGAAAUAUAUUUACUAGUUAUGCAUCUCCUACCAUCACACUGUGAGCCCGAAUACAACGGAGACUUUGGGUUAAUACUUGAAGGUCUUAAAAAAGUAGAAAAUAAAGAAAUAAAAUUAAAUCUGUAUAGGAAAUUUAAUAAAUUAAUGCAAGGUGUUCGCAGCUAAGCGUUAGCUGUGCGAAUUUACCAAUAAUGAUAAUUAGGUGUUGGUGCGAAAAAAAUGCCGUUAGGAGAACUUAGGAAUUCUAUAUUCGGUUCGGUACAUCUUAAUC